GCGGUUGUAGUAGUAAUAAAAGCUCCUCCUCCUCCUCCUCCUCCCGCUCCUGCUCUUGGUUUCCCCCCUUGGUCUCCCGCAGGCAGGAUAUGGCCGUAGCCCUGCAGCCCUCUGCGGGCCGCGGGGCGGGGCUUUAAUUCCGAGCGGGGUGGUGCCCUUUGCAGCAAUCGGGAGCCGAAGGCGCCGGGCGCCGGGCGCAGCGCAAAGCGCCCGCGCGCCCCUCUUCCUCUCGCUCUCCAUGGACGGGGGAGCGGGGGGCGGCCCCGGGGUGCCCGGCUCCGAGAGCCCCAACCGGGCCGUGGAGUAUCUGCUGGAGCUCAACAACAUCAUUGAGAGUCAGCAGAAGCUGCUGGAGACCCAGCGGCGCCGGAUCGAGGAACUGGAGGGGCAGCUGGAGCAACUGAGCCAGGAGAACCGGGACCUGCGGGAAGGAGACCGGGAUCGCGACCGGCACAGGGAUCGCGACCGGGAUCGCGACCGGGACCGGGAGGGGCAGUACCAUCACAAGGAAAGGGAUAGCCACUAUCAAAACCGGACGGACCGAGACGGGCAGUAUCAGAACCGGGAAGGGCAAUACCAAAACCGCACCGACCGAGAUGGGCAGCCGUACCAGAACCGGGAGAACAGGACGGACCGCGACGCUCCCUACCAGAACCGCGGAGACCGGGAGAACCAGUACCAAAGCCGAGCAGACCGAGAAGGGCAGCAGAACCAGUAUCAGAACCGGGACAAGGAGCGAGAGCUACAGCACUAUGGAAACCGGGACGGGCAGUACCAGAACCGGGAGAGCCACUACAGGGAACCUUGCCAGCUGCAUCGAGACCGACCCCCGCCAUGCCAUCAGACUCGGGAGAAGGAGCACGAGUACCCACGACCACCCAGGGAAAGGGAGAGGGGACAGCUGAGCCGUGGCGCGUCGCGGAGCUCCAGUCCCGGAGCAGGAGGUGGCCACAGCACCAGUGCCAGCACCAGCCCUGCCACGACUCUACAGAGAAAGUCGGAUGGGGAAAAUUCAAGAACUGUCAGUGUGGAAGGAGACCCUCCGGGAAGUGAGGCAGGCACUAUAGUGGACAAUCUGAGUAGUCAGCCUCCAUACCGCUGUGCCCCUGAGGUGACCAAAGCUGAGCACUACGAUUUGGCUCCAUCCUCAUCGUCUUCCUCUGUGUGUCACACUCCAUCCCCGGGGCUACCGUGGGCACAGCGUGCUCGGCUACAGCCAGCCAGUGUGGCGCUGAGGAAGCAGGAGGAGGAGGAGAGCAAGCGUUCUAAGGCACUGUCGGACAGCUAUGAGCUCUCGACGGAUCUUCAGGAUAAAAAGGUGGAGAUGUUGGAGCGGAAGUACGGAGGCUAUUUCCGGAGCCGGCGGGCAGCACGUACCAUCCAAACAGCCUUUCGCCAGUACCGCAUGAACAAGAAGUUUGAGCGUCUACGAAGCUCAGCCUCUGAGAGUCGCAUGUCACGGCGCAUCAUCCUCUCCAACAUGCGGAUGCAGUACUCCUUUGAGGAGUAUGACAAGGCCCAGAACGCCCCUUACUUUGAAGGCAAACCGGCAUCUCUGGAUGAGGGGACCAUGGCUACAGCUCGGCCUCACCUGUUGGACCGUGGCAUGCCCUACGGCGGCUCCUGCCGGACUGGUUUGGAUGGCGACUCUUUGCAUUCCUCUUCCGGAGGCUUCUGCAAUGACAUCACUGAACUUGAGGACUCCUUCUCCAAGCAGGUGAAGUCUCUGGCAGAGUCAAUUGAUGAGGCAUUGAACUGCCACCCCCUAGGGCAAGAGGGAGGGCCCGGAGGCCCCACUUUGGAGAAAAGUGAGUCUAAGGAGCAGCAGGGUGACAGUGCAGCAACUUCGUUCAGUGACGUAACUCUGUAUUUGGAUGAAGGAGCUCCCACGUCGCCCCUCUCGCUGGAGCGUCCACCCAGCACGGAGCCCCCCGAGCCCACCACAGGAGUGCCCCUCCCGCCACCCCCACGGCCAGAGUACUGGGGUGGGCCACAGCGGGAGGACAGCCGGGAGAAUGGGGGAGCCAGCCGGCGCAGCACCCCUUGUAUGGAAUGCCGGGAUUACCGCCUGCGGGGUGCCCACCUCCCUUUGCUCACCAUUGAGCCUCCCAGUGACAGCUCAGUGGAUCUAAGCGACCGUUCGGAUCGGGGCUCUCUCAACCGGGGCCUCAUUUUUGAGCAAGACGGUUGCAGUCCUCACGGCACCCUCAAGCACGCCGGGGCGCCCGCCCGCUCCCCACACCCACACCGGCAUUAUCAUCCCGAACAGAACCAGCUCUUGAGCCAUUUCGUCACCUAUGGAAAAGUUAGUUCAGUGCCAGCCCCAGUCAGUUUAAUAACAAUGAACCUCCCCCUGCUUCCAUCAUGCUUCCUACUUCCACCAUUGCACUUACACAUGCUCUUUCUUCCCACCGGCAGGAAACCAGAGAAGGGAAUCCAGUAUUUGAUUGAGAGGGGCUUUCUAUCAGACACACCAGUUGGCGUGGCACGCUUUAUUCUGGAGCGGAAGGGGCUUAGCCGGCAGAUGAUUGGCGAGUUUCUUGGCAACCGGCAAAAGCAGUUCAACCGGGAUGUACUUGAUUGUGUGGUAGACGAGAUGGACUUUUCCAACAUGGACCUUGAUGAAGCUUUGCGAAAAUUCCAGUCUCACAUUCGGGUGCAAGGCGAAGCACAGAAGGUAGAGCGUCUCAUUGAGGCCUUCAGCCAGCGUUACUGUGUGUGCAAUGCUGCGUUGGUGCGCCAGUUCCGGAACCCUGAUACCAUCUUCAUCCUGGCCUUUGCCAUCAUCCUUCUGAACACCGACAUGUAUAGCCCCAGUGUCAAGCCAGAGAGAAAGAUGAAACUUGAUGACUUCAUCAAGAAUUUACGGGGGGUGGAUAACGGCGAAGAUAUUCCCCGUGAUCUACUGGUAGGGAUUUACCAGCGGAUUCAGAACCGGGAGCUACGCACUAAUGAUGACCAUGUGUCUCAGGUCCAGGCUGUGGAGCGCAUGAUUGUGGGCAAAAAACCCGUCCUCUCCCUGCCUCACAGGCGCCUGGUUUGCUGCUGCCAGUUGUAUGAAGUACCUGACCCCAAUCGGCCCCAAAGGCUUGGGCUGCACCAGCGAGAAGUCUUCCUCUUCAAUGACCUGUUAGUGGUGACAAAGAUAUUCCAGAAGAAGAAGAUCCUGGUGACCUACAGUUUCCGCCAAAGCUUUCCUCUCGUGGAGAUGCAGUUGCAGCUUUUCCAGAAUUCCUAUUACCAGUUUGGGAUUAAGCUGCUUUCGGCAGUUCCUGGUGGGGAGAGGAAAGUCCUGAUCAUCUUCAAUGCCCCCAGCCUGCAGGAUCGGUUGCGCUUCACCAGCGACCUGCGGGAAUCCAUUGCCGAAGUCCAGGAGAUGGAGAAGUACCGUGUGGAAUCGGAGCUGGAGAAGCAGAAAGGAGUGAUGCGCCCCAAUGCCUCCCCCUCCUCGGGGCCCAAGGACGCUGUGAAUGGGACCCUGACUCGCAGUAGCCUGGAGGAUGCCUACACCGUGGGAGAAGGGCUGAAGAGAAGCGCCCUCAGCAGCUCCCUCCGUGACCUCUCUGAUGCUGGCAAGCGGGGCCGCCGUAACAGCGUGGGAUCCUUGGACAGCACCAUUGAAGGGUCUAUUAUUAGCAGCCCGCGUCCUCACCAGAGAGUGCCGCCGCCACCUCCCCCUGAGGAGUACAAGCCUCAGCCGCGCCCCCCUUCUAACUCGUCGUCUUUCCUGGGCUCCCUUUUUGGCAGCAAGCGCGGGAAGGGCCCCUUCCAGAUGCCCCCCAGCCAAGCUUCGGCUUCCUCCUCCUCUGCGUCUUCCUCCCACCACCACCUGCCCCCUCACCACCCUCACCACAGCCACCCGUCCCUUCCCGACGGCGGCCAGUCCAAACUGCAGGCGUUGCACCAGCCCCCGCUCUCCGCUCCUCCUCAGAAGCAGGCCGUGCCGGCCUUCCCCACCCCUCAGCCCCACCACCACUACACCCUGGGCCGGCCCAGCCAGCAGAAACGGGCCCAUCAGCUGGCGGCCGCCUCGCAGCACCCUCCCUUUCUCCACGGGCGCCAGCCCACGUCCCCCCUGCCCCUCUACAGCCCUGCCCCUCAGCAUGCCCUGGCACAAACGUACCCUCAGCAGUUGCAUCAGUCGGGCGGUGGCCACCGGCCUUCCCCUCCCACCGCUCCCCGUUUGGUUAGAGAACGGGGUGCCGGUGGACUGGGCGGUGACUUCGCAGAGACGCACGUGGCUCGGAGUGGGAGGCGCAAGGGCAACGGUAUUCUCCGUGUGCUGGCUUUUUUAAGGGCAUCCUCACUCGGGCAGAACGUCCUGCCAACCUGA